AUGGCCGGGAAUAGGUUAAAGUGGUGGGUUGCUUUGUGGAUUUGUUUGGCGGUGGCAUACCAGUGCGUUGAGGGUAGGAAGAUAGAGGAGGAGGAGGAGAAGAAGCCACAAUGGUUUUUUGAUGACAGCCCCAGCUGGGGAACCGGAGGCGGUUUUAGUGGCGGAAACAGGUGGGGUUUUGGCCAUUCCUUUAGCUUCGGCAAGGGACUGGGCUUCAGCUUUGGUUUCGGAAGUCCUGGUGCUGGUGGUGGUGGUGGAGGCGGUGGCGGUGGUGGAAUUGGUGCCUUUGGAAGGCAUAAUAACUGGCACCACUAUGGAGGUGGUGUUGGUGCUGGUGGAAGUGGUAUAGAUGAAGGUGGAGGCGGGAUAGGAGGUGGUUUUGGUGGAGGAGGCGGCGGUGGUAGAGGAGGAACUGGAAGCGUGAGCCAGAAAGCCCAUGUUGAAGAGGAAAAAACAUAA